CUGUACUGCAUGCCCGCUGCUACUCCCAUGGGUCACAAGAAUCAGAUGAAGAAUUUGAUGCUCGCUGGGUGACGUAUUUCAACAAGCCAGAUAUUGAUGCCUGGGAACUCAGGAAAGGCAUAAACACGCUCGUGGGUUAUGACCUGGUUCCGGAACCAAAAAUCAUCGAUGCAGCUCUGAGGGCAUGCAGACGGUUAAACGACUUUGCCAGCGCUGUCCGCAUCUUAGAAGUUGUAAAGGACAAGGCAGGACCUCACAAGGAAAUCUAUCCUUACGUUAUCCAGGAACUUAGACCAACUUUGAGCGAACUGGGCAUCUCCACUCCAGAGGAACUGGGCCUGGACAAAGCAUAAACCUUAUUGGUGCAUUACUUGAGCAUUUUACUGAUGCUACCUGAUUGUACACAGUCGCCUGGAGACACAGAUGUUAAAAUAUUACCUUAUUUGAAAUAAAUUCUUCCUUUAUUGAGUCACAAUGUAUGUGAUGUGAAGUUGGACCUAAUAAAGGAAAAACCGGUUUGACUGAUGU